ACAACGACAAUACAACGACAAGACAACGACAACACAACGACAAUACAACGACAAUACAACGACAAUACAACGACAAUACAAUACAACGACAAUACAACGACAAUACAACGACAAUACAACGACAAUACAACGACAAUACAACGACAAUACAACGACAAUACAACGACAAUACAACGACAAUACAACGACAACGACAACGACAACGACAACGACAACGACAAUACAACGACAAUACAACGACAAUAUAACGACAAUAGAACGACACUACAACAACAAUACAACGACAAUACAAUGACAAUACAACGAUAA